GGGGCUGGGAGCAGGGAACCGGGAGCCGUAGCCAGGCUGGUCCAUGGCCAGGACAGCUCGUGUCCCUGCCCGGCACCAUGCGGAUCCUCUUCCUGGCCGUGCUGCGGGCGCACACCGGCAACGCCGUGACGGCCGCGCGGAUCCGGGAUCAUCUAGAAGCUGUAGGCCAUACAUGUAAUCUGAAAGAUGCCCUUGACUUUGAAAGCUCCACUGAACUAUCCAGCCUAAUCUGCGCUGAGAAGUUUGAGGCAGCCCUGGCCCUUCAUCUUUAUAGAGGAGGCAGACUUUUACAAGGUCAAAGAAUACCUUUUGGAAUCAUUUUUGGAGGAACAGAUAUAAAUGAAGAUACUAAACAUGGAGAAAAGAAGCAAACGAUGGGGGCAGUUCUGGAAGAAGCCAGAUUUGCAGUGGCUUUUACAGAGUCAAUGAAGGAAAUGGCACUGAAUAUAUGGCCACAUGCUAAGGGGAAAAUCUACAUCCAAAACCAAGGAAUUUCAACAAUGCCAAAUAUCACCUUUAACUGGAACACAUUUCUACAAAGUGCAGAAAUCAACCAAAGUGCGGAUAAUUUGCACAUAUUUAUUUUGAUAUGUGGACUUAGACGAGUCAAAGACCCUCUGUAUUUGGUGGAUGUCUUUUCAGAAUGGCACCAAGAAGAACCCAAUGUUUACAUGGUUAUCGUGGGACCUGAAGUUGAUCCAGUGUUUACAAGUGAAGUGAAAAGCCGAGUGAAAAGGGCAGCUGGGGUGCAAUUGAUGGGGGAGAUGCCUCGAGAAGAUCUUCAUGCCAUUGUGAAAAAUUGCUUCGCUGUUGUGAAUAGCUCCAUUUCAGAAGGCAUGUCGGCUGCAAUUCUGGAGGCAAUGGACCUGGAAGUUCCUGUGUUGGCAAGAAACAUUCCUGGCAAUGCCGCCAUUGUUAAGCAUGAAGAGACAGGAUUAUUGUUCUCCCAUCCUCAGGAAUUCAUUCAGCAGGCCAAAAGACUGGUUAAUGAUCCAGCAUUAGAAAAGGAAAUUGUGACGAAAGGCAAAGAGUACGUGAGAUCAUGCCAUUCAUGGAAAUUGGAGCGAGACACCUAUCAAAAUCUUCUGCGGAAACUUCAGUGAAUCAUCGAAUGUUAGGAAAAUGUGCGUCCUAUCAAUCUAGUACUCGUGUGUUACUUUAAAACAAUUAUAAACCACAAUCUGUGGGUCUUACAAUCAGACCUGGUUUUAAGUCAGUGAGGUCCCUUUCAGCAAAGUUUCAUUGGAAUCUUAGAGGGGGCCAGAUGUUCAGGCAUGGGAUGUCAUUCAAACCCCGACGUUAUGAAUCCAUCUAGUACUUUACGAUUGUCCUGUCAAGUAACAUCCCCAGUGAGUUGUAACAAGUGACUGUGAUAGAGGUUCUGAAGCUACUUUCAGGGGAAUUGGUUUUCAGGGGAACUGGGGCUUAAAGAAUCUGUCCCCAAAGGGCAUAGUUCUAGUUUUCAGGCAGAAAGACCUCCAGUGAGCUCAUACCUAAUCCACCCACCCCUCUACCACCACAUACACACAUCUUAUAGUUGGCCAGUAGCCAACAAUAUUUUUUAAAAUGGGAAAUAAAAGGCAACCUCAAAGGGAAAAUAUCCUUUGUGGUUUUUUUUUUUUUGUUAAGUGAAUUCAAUUAAUAUUUUGGUAUUUCAUUUCGAGGAAUACAAACACAAGACAUUUGAAAUAUUAGAUAUAAGGGCUAACCGUCUUUGGCCGAUUGGUACUUAAUGUUUUAAAGGACCUAUAGAUGGACUUCUUUCACUGGAGUCCUACUCUGAUACCCCCUUGGGGGCAUUGGAGGGGAUUUGGGGGUUGCAUAAGGAUCAGCCCAUGUUCAGAGGGGCCCAUCAGGUUGACUUCAAUGUGAUGCAUUUUUUGGCCAACACGCUCAUAGGGUCCAUCUGCUGGAUCUUGGAGAGGGUAUGAUCUGUGCCAGGGGAUGGAGUACUCCUGCCCAUAAUGUCCCAGAUCCCUGAAGCAUUGAAGUGAGAUAUUACUUUGAGUCCAUAGCACUUAGAACAGUGAUAUGAAAUGCCUUCUUGCUUUGGCAUCUUUUGAUUCAUCAAUUAUGUAAUUAAAAGAUGCUCAAUGGAACCCAGAAGAUGUAGUAAAACUCAGUAGAGUUGGCUCCUUGUUCCCAUUUGAGGGGGUGGGAUAGUGGUGGUGUGGAGGGUUGAGCCUUUCUUGGAAGAUGCCAUGGAAUCUGGAGGAGCCCAGGGUCACCCUUCAUCUGGAAGAGGCUGAUCUGGGGUACACCAGCUCUGUGACUUCCUACUCAGGACUGUGGCAGACACAGGGGGCCCAUUGGGCAAGAAAACCAUUCACCCUUUGUUAUAUGUAUCAUUCAGCUUAAACUUUUCAUUGUGCAAUAGCUUCCCUUUAUUGUCAAUGUACUCUAGGGAUGGGAAUUGGAUCUGUGAUUUCAUUGGGAUCGAGAACUCCCAGGCGAGGAAAUUCCCUCUAGCAAUUCACAUGGCCAUUGUAACAGUGUUAGGCACCUGACACGCUAGGAGGCUAUGACCGGCUCUAGGUCACAAGUCAAUAUGUGUCAGAGGUAGGACCUGAACCCAUGUCUGUUCUAGUUCUGGGACUGUUCCCUAUCCAUUAAAGCACACUGCCUUUUGUGUUAACACACAUUUACAUUAUAGUAAUGUUCACGUAACCAGCAACCAUCAAUAAUUAGCAUCUAUAGAGCGCUUUAAGAUUUGCAAAGCGCCUUACAUAUAUUAUUUAAUGCUCACAACAACCCUAGAAAGUAAAUGAUGUUAUCCCCAUUUUACAGAUUAGAUGACUGAAGCUGGAAAAGUUAAGUGACUUACCCAGAGUCACACAGCUAGUCAGUGUCUGAGGCAAGAUUCAAACUCAGAUCUUCCCAGCUCCCAAGUUCAAUAAUGCUUAUUUCUGGGACUGCCUCUGAAUUUGCCUUGAAAAGUCUUUGUUUUAGAUAGCAGUUGGCUUAUUUCCAUGGAUGUGCUGUCACCCCCCAGUUAAGGGAAAGGGAGCAAACCAAUUAAUUGCAACCCAGAGUGUAGGCCCUCAAGUGCUUUGUGUAAAAACAUGGAGUUAAAUAAGCAGAAGUUUUAUGGGGCCACCCAUGCCCCACUUGGGAAAGUCCUUUGUGUAAAGCUGUCUUGCUGCUGUGAUGCCUGACAGUAGUGACCAGAGAUGGUGGUGCUUUCAGAGGCAGGUUUGGAAGUUUUUGACCCACUGCUUCUCAGUCUUUCUAUUUUUAAAAUAAUGGGCUAAAACAUAUCUGUUUUGAAAUUUCAAAAAUAGAUCUGAAAGCAGACGAAUUCGGAGAAUAACUUGCAAAGGAGAGGGACAAGAAGUUUGCUUUUUCUAUUCAGCCCUUUGGUGUAACAUUCCACCAUCUUUAGCUCAGGCAUUUCUUCUGAACACAGGCCCAUUCCCCAAACGCCUUUCUGGGUGAGCUGUGGGGGUCUACAGCUUCUAAGAGCCUUUGGUGGAGGACCUUGCAGCAAUCUCUGCUUUGUCUAAGGGGCGAAGGGGUUUGAGAUGCCACGACUAUAGCCAGAGAUAGGAUGGCAAAACCCAUUAGUUGGAUUCAGGUAGGGUGUGAUUUUUUAAUGCAAAUAAAGCUGGCUUUAGCAAAAUGGUCCAAAUAGGAGGGACCACUGUAUCUUGUAUUGAUCCAUUUUCUGUCAAAUAUUGCUGCUAUUAUAGAAUGCUGAUUGUUGGGAAACCUGGCUCAAUCUUUCAUUGAAUGGCAUCAAAAAAUGCCCUAUCAUUAAUUUAUGCUUUUAUUUAAAAAAUGUACACUAGAGUCCUUUGGUAAAGGAACAUAUUUUUAAGACAAUAAAAAAAGUUUCACCAUCAAUAAUACAGAAAAA